AUGGCUUUAUCUACCGCGCUACACGGGUACAUGACUUUUCGAUUUCUCAUUCGCCUGAGGGGUGGCCUAAUAGGCCUCAUCUACUAUCAGACUGUAGAAGCACGAGCUGUCGAGCUUGGCAGUAUCAACGGUCUUACUUUGAUGGGGACCGACGUGGAGCGCAUCGUCCUCAAUUUCCUGACUAUUCACGAAGUCUGGGCAUCACUCAUGGACGUAAUCAUUGCCAUCUUCUUGCUUCAGAGACAGAUGUUUCUUGCAUGUCUCGUCCCGGCGUUAGUUACUUUCAUAUGCGUGCUGGGUACAUUCAAAUUCGCGACCUGGGCCAAGGCUGCGCAACGAGUAUGGAUCGAAAACGUCGAAAGGCGACUGGGCGUCACCACCGUCAUGCUUGAAGCCAUGAGGACGGUGAAAAUGCUUGGCCUCAGCGAAAAGAUGUCCAGUAUCAUCAGCAACUUCCGUACAGUCGAAAUCGAUAGCUCGUCCAGGUACCGCAAGAUCCUCAUCGGCAUCAUAUUCUUUUGUGAGUACCGAGCGACUGAGUUUCUCAUGAAGUUCGUCGAACUCACGGCUGACUUCUGGAACACAUAG